CGGUGUAGAUAUCAUCGUAAAGUAACACCGUGUAAGAAAAUGGCCUCCUAUUUAUUUAACUGUUUAUUUAAGUUACUAAGCCGUUAUCUGAGAAGGUGGAAGUUUGUGAACUGUAAAUGCGGAUUAGAAAUUUGAAAACGGGAGUUAUGCUUACGUAUUUCCUACUGUUAUUGUGUUUACUACCGAAGGCGUUGAAUGUAUCUCUUCAUAUUGUUGUAUUGGUACCUCAAGAACUAUCAGAAAGGCAGGAAUUAUUGGAAAAUGCACUAAAAUUAGAAGAGAAUAAAGAUGUGCAAUUCGUUGCUUCUAUGAUCGUUAUUACUAAUAAUAGCAGUGAUAUAAUAAAUUAUCUCUGUCACGAGAUACAGCAACGUAAUCCUCAUCUUGUUUUAUCAUUUUUAAAAAGAACGGAUGCUUAUUUCGCUUCAUUGAUAUCGGGUUACGUUAAGAUACCUGUGCUAGGUAUGACCGGAAGUUAUACCGAUGAUGCUGCUCAGGAAGUAAAUCCGUUUUACAUCAGCUUAGAUGCAAGUGCAACUAAUUUAGCAGAUUCAACUUAUAGUUUCCUUAAUACUAGCAAAUGGUACAAUGCAACUUUAUUGACAGACUACAAUGUUUUUUCAUUAAGUAUUGCAAAUCGUCUCAAAUCGCUGACUUCUUCCCAGAAUCGUUUAAAAGUAACUUACUUACGGACGGACGAUAGCCAACGUCUGUUUGAUCAACUGAGUGCUUUGAGGAAUAGCGAAGUUCGUGUUAUAAUCUUGUCCUGUGAUAGAUUCAACGCUUACAAAGUCUUCCAAGAAGCUUCAAAGUUGGAUAUGCUGGAUGGACAAUGGAUUUGGAUAUUGUUAGAACAUUCUAUUACUUACAAUCAAUUGUAUCCGCCUGGUUUGUUAGCCAUUAAGUUACGACGUAGAGAAAUUGAAGAUAACAUCUUUAAGAUGAUAGCUAAUCUGUUAACGACUGCUUUUAGAAAUGUUGAUAUUGCCAGUUUGUAUAAAAGAUUUAAAAAUUCUACCACCGAAAUUAAUUGCAAUGAGUUGUUCUCUGAUGAAAGAAAGAAAUUUUCGUCCAUUCUUUUCGGAAUUAUCAAAGGGAAUUUACAAAAUAGAAAAAAGAAUCUGGAAAGAGGUAAAAAGAAAAACUGGAUCUCACCGGUUUUUGACAUAUUGAAUUUGGUUUCAAGUAACGAAACUCUGAAAUGGAAAACCGUAGGCAAUAUCAGCGGACAUAUAGUCAAUUUAGAAACAAUUGUAUGGUUAAGUGAAAGUACAACGGGUCCUUCGCCCGUAGCUAGGUAUAGAUAUAGAAUCGUUACCGGUUACGCUCCGCCAUUCGUUAAACAGUCCACCAGGAUAGAAAAUGGUAGCUGUUUACAAGGAGUGCCUUGCCUUCACGUAAACACAAAAGAUAAAGAAGAAAUUGUUAAGAUAUUUGCCGAUUUCUCUGCAGGAAGAAAGAAAAGUAACGAAUACAAUGUAACUUGUUGUGCUGGGAUUGCCAUUGAUCUGCUAACUUCGAUUUCCCGUGAUCUUUUUUUCGAUUAUGACUUGUAUGCUGUGGCUGAUGGCUUUUUUGGUACUUAUAGAAGUAAGAUGUGGAAUGGUAUUACUGCAGAUUUGAUCAGUGGAGCUGCACACCUGACAUUUUCGGCAUAUAGUAUGACUAGUGAACGAUCUUCUGUUGUCGAUUAUUCCGUCCCUUAUUUUCAUUCUGGUGUUUCUUGUCUAACCUACACUAAACAGAAUGAUGUGCCGUUAUCUGCCUUUCUAAUUCCUUUUAGUGUUCAGUUGUGGAUUGCUAUAUUUGCUAGUCUCACUACUACAGCUUUAGCAGCAGCACUCUACGAAUGGUUCAGUCCUUUUGGAUUAAAUCCGUGGGGAAGACAAAGAACUAAAAACUUUACUAUCGCUUCUGCCUUGUGGGUGAUGUGGUCAUUGUUAUUCAGUCAUCUGGUUGCCUUCAAAGCUCCAAAAUCUUGGCCAAAUAAGGUGCUGAUUAAUCUCUGGGGAUGUUUUAGUGUUAUCUUCCUGGCCAGCUAUACUGCCAACAUCGCUGCAUUGUUUGCUGGUAUUUUUUCUCAAGUACGUGUCGACGAUUUCCAUGAUGCUAUACUUCUAUCGCAAAAGACGGGGACCGCUAAAGGAAGCUCUGCUGAAAGCUUCGUACACACAGAGAAUUCCCAAUUGUGGAAACACAUACAGAACUACGGAGUCGAUAAUCUGGAAGAUGGUCUACAGAAACUGCGAAAAGGUGAAUUGGAUGUUUUGAUUGGUGAUACGGCCGUUUUAAAUUACUUUCGGGGCAAUGAUCCAGGAUGCGGAUUACAUCUCCUGGGAGAUUCUAUUUUUGAUGAUGCUUAUGCUGUUGGAAUGCAAAAAGAUUUCCCAUUAAAGGAUUCCAUAUCUAAAUUGAUACUGAAGUACAAUGAAUUUGGAUACUUGGACCAACUUCAAAAAAAAUGGUAUGGAAGAGUGCCUUGUUUCGAAGAUUCUGUACAUAGACUUAAUAAACCUUUGCCUCUUAGUAUACAGGCACUAGCUGGUGUCUUCAUUAUGCUAGGUAUAGGGAUCCUUGUAGGUAUUGUGAUCCUUGUACUCGAGCAUUUAGUAUUCAAAUAUGCUUUACCUGCUCUCAGGAAGAAGCCCAAAGAUUGUUUUUGGAGAAGUCCAAAUUUAAUGUUCUUCAGUCAGAAGUUGUAUCGUUUUAUUAACACCGUCGAAUUAGUUUCACCCCAUCAUUCUGCUAAAGAAAUUGUGACUAACCUAAGAGAAGGGCAGAUAGCAAGCUUGUUUCAGAAAAGCGUUAAGAAGAAAAUAAAAGAAGAAGCUAGAAGACGAAAAAGUAAAUCGCAAUUUUUCGAGAUGAUACAAGAAAUAAGAAAAGUUGCCAAACAGCAAAACGAUACGAAGACUCCAAAUUCGGACGAGGUAGAAGUCCGUCUGACAUCGCCUUCCGAGCAGGAUACAGACGACGGAAUUGAACAAGUUAUUGUACAUUCUGAAGAGAAUUUCGAUAAGUCCAGGUACCGUAAACACGCCGAUGAUCCCAGACGUAUCAUUCCAUUAAAACACGAACCGUAUUCAGACGAUAGCGUCAACGUCAGGACAAAGUUAAUAGAGUCUUACCAAUCGGAUUCCGAACUCAGCAUUGUAUCCACGUGCCCAACUACAUCCUCUUUAAGCUCAGUAUCCAUGGAUCAUCAUGGUUACAGUGUCAUCAUAAGUUUAAGUUUAAACGAUUUAACCAAGAUCCCGAAAGAUUGCAACGGUGCGCCAUUGAAGAGUAGCAAGCAAAGAGUUUGGUCUUUCGACGAUCUCACUUUCCUGAAAAGGGGUUUGGAUUCGGAAAACGAGCAGAAUGAGCAGAAGUCAUCCAACGAUUAUCUCGAAGAAUAUCCAAUAAGAAGAUACGACGAGUUAAGGUUAUACUCGAUGACCAAAGAGGAUAUCAUCAGAUUGUGGCAGACGUCGGAACGAACGUUGAUGAACCGAUUACAAGAAGCUUUAAGAGAAAAGAAAUCUUUGGAAGAGAAAUUGGCUUUUAUCCAAAAGACACUUAUCAAGUCGCCAUGAAGAUUGUAGCAAAUUUCUUUUUUUAGGAAAACAGUUUUAAGUAGCUAGGAGAAAUUUUUUCUAGGAAAUCAGUUCCUGAAUUUUUUUGCAUUAUAUAACAGAAAAUAACGGCAGAAAUACUGAAAAAAACGUUAAAUACUGCUUUUUCUAUUAGUUGUCUUCUUACAAUAUACAUAUCUCUAGCAUUUACUGCCAAGGAAUGAAAAUAAUAAAAAAACAAAAAACAAAAAACCCAAUCUUCUUGCACUAAUCUACAAUAAUGCACACUGUCCGUCCAUUAAAAAAAAAGAUAUAAAGCUUUCUUUCUUGGUUUAUAAAUUAUAUAUAUAUAUACAGUAAUAUAUAUAUAUAUACAGUAUAUAUCAAUAUUACUAGUCGAAUUUUGUGUAAUAUAAGUGAUCGAGAUUGUAUAUAGAUAAUCUUUUGGAAUAAAAUAAAAAAUAUUAGAGUUAGUUAUAUACAUCAAAGCAAUAAAAAUUGUAUUAAGAAACUAUAUAUAUAUACACAAAAAUUAGUAAUAUUAGAAUUGUGUAAAAUGUAUGAAAACAUGGCAACCAGUUAUAAAUGUGGUAAAGAUGGAGCGGGAUUUUUUUCAAGUUUUACCAUUAUUUAAGCUUUCGUAUAUUUUUUUUUCAAAAUAAGAUUUCAACUUACAGUUUGGAAUUAUACACCUAAAAUUUUAAAAAAGAAAAUGUUUUCUUGGCGCUAGUAAGAAAAUCUCAUUUAUGAAAAGUUGAGGUGUUUACAGAGAAUAGGAUUAAAAAUUUUUUUCAAGAUUUAACGUGGGAUGUUUUAUUUAAAAAUUUGAUCGAAAAUCGAUGUGAAUAGUCUCUCUUCUCUUUUGUUAGAAUGCUCUUAUUGUUAAACGCAUAUUUUUACUGGGAAAUGAAGGCAUAAAAGGAUGGUAACAUCAACCAUACUCGUAAAUUCUGCUUAAAUUGCAAAGUGCCACUAAGUAGUUUCGAAUUGUCUACAUAAAGUAAAUUUAUAUUCUGUCGUGUUUUGAAUAUUAUUAAGAGAAAGAAAAGAUGACUUUUAAGUAGACCAUAGUAAAAAAAAACAUUCGCUUGAAAAAUCAUAUAAUCUUACGAUUUUUUGGCGACUGUCCAUCGAGAUAGAAUAACGGUGGAUGCUUGUGCCUCGAGGAAUUUAAACAUUUGAUCGUACGAGUUGAAAUAUACAAUAUUUUAGCAUAAAUAAAGGAUGCACUUUAUAUGGGUCAAUGAAACGUUUUCAAUGAUAAGAAUCUGAUCAUAUCUGUGGUGACAUCUAGUAAGAAAAUAUAGAACGAUUUUUUUUCAAGUUAAUAAAGGUAAAUAUUUCUUAUAUUUUCAGUUUUAACACUGGUUCCAAACCAAUAAACGAGUUACUAAUUACGUACACGAAUAUUUACAUGUACAGUACACAAUAACAGCUUCACGUACACACAAAAUUUCAAAAUGAGGAUGUGAAUCAUUCUGUAUUCAUUAUCAAACACUAACCUUUCUAGUUCCUAUCAGAAUAAUUUGCUUGAAAUAUAUCAGAUACAUAAAGAGAUACAAGCUAGGCUAUAAAUUGAUACUUCGAUUCUAUUGUUAGCUUCAAUUAAGAAAAAAAAUUGAUAAUGUUUGUAUAAAAAUAGCAUGUUUCUUAUCAUAAUUAACUAUCCUUGUGUGUUUAAUCUACAUUAUUUUUUGAGUUAAUUCAAUUCGUAAAACUGGAACACGGCUCCUGCGAGUUUUAAAGGGUGAGGCUGUUGUAAGAUUAUCAAUAAAUCAUCUAUUGAUAAGAAAAUGCUGAAUUAAACAGUGUAAACCAUUACAUAACAGUUUGUAAGAUUGUGAAACGUAGCUUAAAUUGGCAAUUAUCUUGUUUACAAAAAAUUCUAAAUAUAAUUAAUUUAAUAAAAUCCCUCAUCUCAUCAUCACCAUCAUCAUUACUAUUGCUUCAUCAGUUUUUUAUCCCCCUUCCCUGUUACUGGCUGGCUUCCAGUUUUAAUAAAGUAUUUUUAUGGGAAAAUAUGAA